AUGUCUGAGCAUGUUCCAGCUGGGGCAGAUGACUUUCUUCCUGCAAAUCCUCCAAAGUUGCACUCUAACCUCAAAUUCAUCAAGUUAUACAGAAGGCAAGCAAAACUCAUCUCAGAAGCUGAAUAUUAUUUCACAAAUCUUGUGUCAGCUACGACAUUCAUAAUUAACUUAAAUGCCAAAUCACUGUCAAUGGACGAAAUCAAAUUUGAGGAGAGCAUGCAAGCAGCCAAGUUGACCAGUAAGGUAACGAAUGAAUCAUCCUCUACAUGUCAAAUGCGCGAGCAAGAGAUCAAAGAUUGCAGUUCUUCAGAGAAAAUGCACAAGAAGCUUGAUGAUGAUGGAGAACAUGGAUCAAAUUAUCCUUACAUGGAAGCAAAGAGCAAAGAGCUAACAGUUGGAGAUGUGGACAUGCUAUUAAGUGACUACAAUGAUUUAGUUGCGAAGUACACAAUUCUGUGCAAAGCUAUUAGUUGCCUUUCGACAUCAGAGAGAGAACCCCUCCUUCGUCAAAUAAAAAAACUAAGUGCAGGAACUAUGCUUUCACAGCAUCCACGGAUCAACACAGACACAACUCAUCCACGCCCCCACCAAGAUAAUUAA